UACCUCGUCUUUCUGUUCUCUUCCUCCUUUAACUGGUUUCUCUUUCUCUCUCACCCCCAUCUCCUUCCAUACUCAACCACCGAAACGCUAACUACUCCAUUUCUACCCUCCUUAUCUCCAUCUCCUUAUCGUCACAUUGGUUUUCAUGCUAAAAUCCCUAAUAAUUCGAAAGAAGCUCAUAAUUCGGAUGGAUCCCUAAUUUCUAGGGUUUCCAGUUCAAUUUUCACUCGCAUUUCACCCAUUCUUCACAAAAACAAAUCUUGAUGUCUCAUACGAGUUCUUCAGCGCCAUUCUCCAGCACCGCGGUAGGAGGCGGCGGCGAUGGUGGUUCUUCAGCAUCGCUAUAUCUCUCUCUCAUCCUUUUUGUAUGAGUUCUUCAGCGUCGUUCAUCCAGUUGACAUAAUGAAGCCUGAUACAACUGUUAUUAUCCGAAAUGCAAAGAUUGACAUGUUCAAGGGAACAAUGAGGCUUGCAGUUGACAAGUGGGGACGUAUUGAGGCGACUGAACCUGCUAAUUUCACAGUGAAAGAGGACAACAAUCUCUCCUUAAUUGAGUACAAGCUUGUGAAUGUUGCUGAAGAUGGACAGUAAGUUUUAAGAGAAAGAUGGACAGUAAGUUUUAAGCGGGUAGAUAUUUCCUGGUGUGAAGGAAGCUUUGAGGCUAGUCUAACCUAUCUGGUAAUCAUGUCCUUCAGCAAUCAUUGAAGGGGCUCUCUCUUGAUUGAAUGAAUAUAUUCCUAGUAGGAAUAUUAACUAUUUAUUGGUAUACAGGUGUGCUAAAGCCAUAGAUAGGCGUAAAUUUCGGUAUGUGGUAUGUCUAAAUUCUGAUGUUCACUUGAUGAUUGGGGUUGUUUCUGGACAUGGGAUUGUAAAGAACGUUGGUGCUAAUG